AUGGAAGUUGGAAGUAUAAUGCAGUUUCUUGAUAACAAGACCAUUUUAGUCACUGGUGCUCUUGGAUUUCUAGCGAAAAUUUUUGUGGAGAAGAUAUUGAGAUCUCAACCUAAUGUCAAAAAGCUAUACCUUCUUCUAAGAGCUCAUGAUGUUAAGUCAGCUGCGCAACGCCUCAACGACGAGGGAUUUGAAAAGGAGUUGUUUAGGGUGAUAAAAGAGAAGCAGAAUGGAAACUUUGAUUCAUUUGUUUGGGAAAAAGUAAUUCCAGUUCCUGGAGAUAUUACUCAAGAUGAUAACUUGGGGAUAUUAAGAAAAGAUCUUGAUGAUCAUUCAGAGAAUGUCGAUUUGUUGGAGCAAAUCUUGAGGGAAGUUGAUGUUGUUGUUAAUUUAGCUGCAACUACCAACUUUGAUGAGAGAUACGACGUCGCGUAUAAUAUUAACACGUUGGGAGCUAAGCAUGUUUUGAAUUUUGCUAAAAAAUGUGACAACAUCAAACUGCUUCUCCAUGUAUCAACUGCUUAUGUUUCUGGGGAAAAGGCUGGACUUAUAGUGGAGAAUCCAUAUAAAAUGGGUGAGACACUUAAUGGAGUCUCUGGAUUAGACAUCGACAAUGAGAAAAGAAUAGUAGACGAGAAACUCGGCAUUCUAAGUGGCGGAAAGGCAGAAGAAUCACAAGUUACCUUAGCCAUGAAGGACCUUGGCAUGGAAAGAGCAAGGAUGUAUGGGUGGCCAAAUGUGUAUGUCUUCACAAAGGCAAUGGGUGAAAUGCUUUUAGGACACUUUAAAGGGAAUUUACCAGUUGUUAUAAUCCGCCCAACAAUUGUUACCAGCACCUAUAAGGAACCCUUCCCUGGUUGGGUUGAAGGCAUCAGAACCAUUGACAGCUUAUUCGCCGGUUAUUGCAAAGGAAGGCUGACUUCAUUCCUAGGUGACCCUAAGUCCAUUGUUGAUGUGAUCCCAGCCGACAUGGUGGUGAAUGCUAUGAUAGUUGCAAUGGCUGCCCAUGUAAAUGAACAGCAGAAUAUCAACAUAUACCAAGUGGGUUCCUCUGUGUCACAUCCAAUAGAAUACAGUUGCCUUCAAGAAUAUGGACAAAGGUACUUCACCAAACAUCCAUGGAUUGGCAAAGAUGGAAAGGCUGUCAAAGUUGGGAAAAUUACUGUUUUCGGCACCAUGAGAAGCUUUCAACUCUACAUGACCAUCAAUUACCUGCUUCCCCUCAAGGGUUUGGAACUAGUGAAUGCAAUCUUUUGCCAAUACUUCCAAGGCAUGUACAUGGAACUAAGCAGGAAGAUCAAGUUUGUCAUGAGACUCAUAGAUAUCUACCAUCCUUACCUAUUCUUCAAGGGCAUAUAUGAUGACAUAAACACAGAGAAACUGAGAAGAGCUGCAAGAGGUAGCAGCAGCAAAGAUGAAGCAGAAAUGUUCUACUUUGAUCCCAAGUGUAUUAACUGGGAAAAUUACUUCAUAAACAUCCACCUUCCUGGAGUGGUCAAGUACGUGUUCAAGUGA